GAACCAAAUUUUAUUAUGGAUAAAGACUUUAAGACUGAGUCAACUUCCUGUUCCCUUCAGAGUUCUUCAGAACCAUUGUUUUCAAUCCAGAUAUUAGCAUUCAAAACAAGUUUGUUAGAAGCAUUAGAAGAAUUACGCAUGAGAAGGGAAGCAGAGAUUCAGUAUGAAGAGCAGAUUAGGAAGAUAAUUGUAGAAAAGCAAGAACUUCAAUGGCAAAAGGAAGAUCUUCAACAUCAAAAAGAAACAUUAACAAAGCAGCAUAAAGAGGCUAUGGCACUUUUUAAAAAGCAGUUGCAAACAAGGAUGUGUGCUAUGGAAGAAGAAAAGGGGCAAUAUCAACUUGCUUCAGAAAUAAAAGAAAAAGAAAUAGAAGGACUGAAGGAAACAUUAAAAGGAUUACAGGUUUCAAAAUAUUCUUUACAGAAGAAAGUAAAUGAAAUGGAACAAAAGCUUCAGUUACACCUUCUGGCUAAAGAAGAUCAUCAUAAGCAACUGAAUGAGAUAGAGAAAUAUUAUGCUACAAUCACAUGUCAAUUUGGAAUGGUAAAAGGAAGCCAUGAAAAAUUAGAACAGAAUGUACAUGAAGCAAUCCAGUUAAAUAAGAGACUGUCAGCAACAAAUAAAAAACUGGAAUCUGAAGUAUGUAGUUUAAAACAGGAACUGAAGAAAGUAACUGCAGAUCUGAUAAAGUCCAAGAUCACAUGUCAGUCCAGGGCAGAAGGAGAAGAUUUUAAUCUUACAAUAAAGCAACAGCAAUUUCAAGAAUUACAAGAGAAACUCCGAAUGGAAAUUGAAAUAAGAAAGAAGGUUAGUGAAAAAGUUACCUACAUUCAAGAAGAAAAACAGGGCAUCAUCAGUUCUUUUGAACAUAUUCAACAGUUACUUCAGCGACAGACUCAAAAUAAUAUCAGAAUGGAGGCAGAGUUAAAAGCACUGAAAGACAAUAAUCAGACCCUUGAAAGAGAUAAUGAGCUGCAAAGGAAGAAGGCAAAAGAAAAUGAAGAAAAGUUCCUUAAUCUUCAAAAUAAGCAUGAGAAAGCACGAGGAACUUGGGAAGAACAUGAGAAAAAACUCAUUGAAGAAAUAGAUGAGAUUAAAAAUGAGUUGAUGUCAGUUAAAGAAGCUCAUCUUAAAUUACAAGAAAGCUGUAAUGAAUUAUCUUCUCAGAAGAAUGUAUUUUUUGAGCAAGAUAAUAAGCUUCAGAAUGGUAAAGAAGCAAAGGAAAAAGGAAAUGAAAUUUCAACAGAGCAAAAACAAUCCGAGUUGAUAGAAAUCACAACCAUACAAAAAUGGAAUUCUCAGCAAGAAAUAACUGCAGUAAAUACUGCGCAUUUUUGUUCAAAUGCUGAAUAUAUACUAAUAGGAAAAAAUAACCAAGGCCAAGAGAGAAAUUCGGAAGAACUCCAGUUUUUUGAAAACAAUGAGAAAAAAGAAAUUCAUCCAACUAAAGAAAGAAAAACUGAAGAACUCCCUGAAGAAAAACUAGUUAAAACUUCCCAAAGCAAAGCUUUCAGUCCAGAUAAAGAUUUACUGCGUCAAGGGCAGACCUGGCAAGUAUGCACUGCUGACUUGAGAAAUGCAGAAGCUACACAAACAAAAGACAAAAUGUGCUUAGAAAGAGGUUUUGGUUGUGUGGAAGUUCAGACACUGAAUAAUCCUUACUCAGUGACAGAAAUAUCAGUUCAGACAGAAAGGAUUCUUCAAGACAGAACUCAAGAGUUCAUUCUCCAUGGUGCAGAUGAGGCUUCAGAAACUGGUCACAGGAAGUCUGUCCAGGAAAAGCUUCCUGAUACCAAUCAUAAUAUGAGUAAUGUACAAUGUGGUGAAGAUGUCUCUGGGAGUGAAAUAUCAAAACAAGAAUCCAGAAUGAGUCUUGGCACUGAAGAAAACUCUGUAAAUGAAGAAAUCCCAAAUAAUGGCCUCAAAAAAGCUGAAUUGAAUCCUUCCCUAAUUGCAAAAGAUAAUUCUAUUGAGUGUCUGAAGGACAGCUCAAGGGAUUCCAGUUAUUGUGUCUCAGAUUAUAAAGAAUGUAAAUCAAAUCAAACACCUCCAUCAUACAAAAGAAAAUAUGAUGGUCCACGACAUAAGCAAACUCAUUCUCAUGCUCAAGAAACACAUGAUACUUUGGGGAAAAUGGGCCUAAAUAGUACCUGUGGUAUAACAAUUAAUAACCCAAUUUCACUUGCUGCCUCAAAUGAUGAUAGCAAAGUGUAUUGUGAGAAUCCAAAAAAAUCUUUUAAUAUGAUGCCCAUCUCAGGAAAAGCCACCCCAGAUCUGAAGGAAAUAGUUUGUUGGAAAAACCUGAAUGAAAUACAGAGCCAUCAACCCAAACAGGAUGGUCCUAAGCAGGUAGAAGGUGAUGAAAAUGCAACAGUUUGUCUUUUUCAAGUUAACACUUAUAAUAUAGAUGUUUCACAGGCCAAAGAUGUGGAAACUGCUAUUCGAAAGCUUCCUGUCAGAAAAACCACGGCAGGUACAGCAAGUCUUUCCAGCAAAGAGAGUCAAGUGAAUGAUACUCAGAUGAGUGAAGCUAAGGAUAAAUUCAUCACAAAAAAUGACCUCUUCCUUGUUAGUCAUGCUAAGGCACAUCAGCAUACAUUGUUAAACAGUACAAGAGAGAAAACAGACUCAUUAACUAACGCAGUUUCAGAAAGAAAAUAUAUUGAAGGACAGCUGGAAGAAUCAUGCUUGGUUCACAUAAAGCCAUCUGGAGAUUUAGUAAACAGAAGUGGAAGGUCAGCCUUUGAUCUUUCAACUUCAGAUAAAGAAACUGAGAAAACGCCAGUAUACUUAGAUUUUUUAGAACCUCGUCCUUGGUCAAAAGUAAAUCAAGUUGAAAGUCAAACAAUGAACACUUUGGCUUCCAAGGUGCCUUUGUUGCUAAAAGAGAGACUGGUGGUUUCAUCAGAAAACAAAAAGAUUCCUUCAAAGACACUUUGUCAAAAUCUUGGCCUGGAUGCUGUCACGAGGGAAAUAAGAAUGGAUACUACCAGCAUUAGCAGAGAGGCUGACACUUGGACUAACUCAAGUAUCCAGCCAAAUCCCAAGAGAGAUCCCAGGGAAGAGUGGAAUGCGAUUGCAAAGACUUUUUAUGAUUCUCCUUUUCCCACAGAACAUGACAAACCACAACUCCUAAAGGCUGACCCGCUAGCCCGACCUUUUCAAGCAGUCCAGAGUAAAGAUACAGAUGAUUUUACUGACUGUUCCCUCGGUGAAGAAGAGGAUGAUUGGCAAUCCCAAGACAUUUUAAUAAAAAACCAAAUUAGUGAAAUAGAAAAGUUUCUGAAUUUGGAAAAGUCUAAAGAAACCAAAAAAAGAAAAUCUGAAGAGAUGUUAGAUAACUAGUUGAAGAAGGUUGAAUAGUGAGUGGAUGCUCUUUACAAUGCAACUGGUUAACUAGACUGCUGUGUUUUGACCUAAAUAAGUUAUGAUAUAAUUAACAUUCAUUUUAUCCAAUUUAAAAACAUCUUCACUUUACAACUUUUGUUAAUACAAAGAAGCCACUUUAUUCCAGUCAAGCAUCCACUUCUGCAAACACUUGCUUAUGAUGAGUGGCCAUCCUGUUGGAAAACCUUCCCUUCGAAAAUUAAAUUCUGACUAUUUAGAAAUCUUGAUUCCUUUCUUCUUCCCUCCAUGAAGCCUUCCCCCUUUCAGGUCUUGAUGCUCCCUUACCUCAAAAGAGUUAUAUCCAAAAUGGCCCCUUUCAAGAACAAAACUUACAGCACAGAGAUCAA